UGGCAGCAGGUGUGUGAUCUCCAUGCCCUGCAGUGGUCAGAAGAUGGAGAACUUCUCACUCCUCAGCAUCUCUGGACCUCGAAUCUCCUCCUCUUCCCUGAGCACUUUUCCUGACAUUAUGUCCUCACGUGCCACCAGCUUGCCAGACAUUGCAAAGACAGCGUUACCCACGGAAACAUCCAGCCCAGCUCAGGCCCUGCCACCCCAGUACCAAAGCAGCGCUCUCCGGCAUGGGGUGCACAACACAGUGCUCUCACCAGACUGCACCCUGGGGGACACCCAGAGCGGGGAGCAGCUGAGGCGGAACUGCAUCAUCUACCGGCCCUGGUUCUCCCCCUACAGCUACUUCGUGUGCGCAGACAGACAGAGCCACCUGGAGACCUACAGCUUCCCAGAGGUGCAGCGGGACGAGGGCAGGGGGGACAACUGCCUUCCCGAGGACAUGGCUGAGAGCAUCUGCUCGUCCUCUUCCUCCCCAGAGAACACUUGCUCCCGAGAAGCCACCAAGAAAUCUCAGCACGGCCUGGACUCCACAGACCACAUCACAUCCCAGGACAUCAUAACGGCCUCCAAGUGGCACCAGACACCGCAGAACAGCUACAAGUGCGCAGCCUGCUGCCGCAUGUACCCAACCCUGCACUCCCUCAAGAGCCACAUCAAGGGGGGCUUCAAGGAGGGCUUCAGCUGCAAGGUGUACUACCGCAAGCUCAAAACCCUCUGGGGCAGGGAGCAGAAGGCCUGGCCCGGGGACAGGCACUCCUCAGGCAGCUGCCAGGCCUUCAAAUAGUCUUGCCGCACGCCUCAGGUAAA